UUUCACUAGCUAGGUCAUAAGUAACCUUGCUGUAUUUAUCUAAUUGGUAAGGCUGACCACAUAAUCAAGGCCUAGCUAGUGAAAAAACCUUCACUACCUGAUCAAGUAAUCCCAGUUGGUAAAAAUUAACAACUGUGUAACUAUGACCACCCAUAUCAAUGUAAACGAUGGUGGGACGGAGAAUUCAAAAACACAAGAGCAGACUUCCAAGGAAGUUCCAGAGGCCCCUGUUGUCACCAGUCAGGACCAGGUUGCCGUUUCCCUGUUGGAACAGCAUGAUGAUGACAAGGGGGCACCUGUUGUAAUGACUUAUAAUAUAGAGCCAGCUUACCAGAAUACCUUAAGUAACCCCUACAAAGAGACAACAAUAACAUUGCCCCACCUUGUUAAAAAGGUGCCACCGAGAGAGCUGCUACCUCGUCCAUAUCGCACUUUUAACCAGGUGCUAGCUUUGUCCUAUGUUAGUAUCGUAUGCUGCCUGUUUAUUGGUAUGUUUGCCAAUCGCUACGCCUGGCGUGCUAAGAUCCAAAAUGGUAAGGGACUUUAUGCUCUUGCCAAGAAAUGGGCGCGUAUCGCUGUUUAUGUUAGCUACGUUGCCUUUGUGUGUGGAAUUCUCAUCGCCACCUUCAUCACCCUGAAUGAACUUGUCUGGAAUGAUGAUGAAAUAAAGUGAUAUGGAGGUUCUGUAUGAGGUUCAAUCUCCAGGAUGGUUAGGCAAUCUGUAUAUAACUGAUAUUUUAACAGUUUUGUCUUGUAAAGUCAGAGUUCAUUUUAGUACCAUUUAUGCAUUUUUCCAUAGUACUCUGACACGGUAGGUUUACCUCAAUCUAGAGUUCUGUUCAUGCUUCUGUGUGGUGAUUAACAGUAAUCAGUGACCAAUUUAAUGUAAAAUAAUAACAAUGUGUUCAAAUCUAAACAGGUGCUAAAUAUAGUGUGAUUUAUGAAAUCGUUUUGUAGCAUAGUAUAAUUUUUUCAGUUUAGCCUUUUAAAUUGAAUUUUUACAGAUAGUGACCAUGCCCGGUGAUCUUAUUACUACUGUAUAUAUGGAAACUUUACCGAUAGAGCAAAAAUAAAAAGGGGGAUAAGUUAGAUACUGAAGCUGAAAUACAGAGAGGAUAUUUAAUGGUUUCCCAUUUAAUAUUAUAUGAUUUUUUUCACGAGUAAAAAGCACAGAUGAAAAAUAUUUUCACAAACGUGAAGCACAAGUGAAAAAUACAGAUAUCAUCUGUCAUACUCAUGCAAUAUUGAGUAUGAUAUUUAAUAGGAAACCAUUUCAUUUUCUUUUUAUUACAUUUCAUUUAAAAAACUGAUCUAAACAUGAAAUGAAGCAGUGUUAAUAAAAAGUAAAAUUAAGUGAUGUUUAUGGAAGUUUGGGAUUUAUUAGCACAUUCUUUGUCAUUAGAUAGUGCGAAGCUGCACAAGAUGUUGUUUUGAAUUGACUGUUUUUACAUAUUGUGACAGUAAGAUUAGGACAGUCAGUGUUGUGUUUUUGUAUAGUGCUUUUAGAUUAGAGAUGUUGUGUAAGUCAGAAAGCUUAUUAUCAUGUACAUCUCUUUUAAAUACUGACUACAGUGUGUUUCUAAAAUGUUGAUGAUGAAAAUUUUUUAAACAUGCCAUACUGCUUUUCCUUAUGUUCUAGCUGCAUUCUAAAACAAAAGUUGUUGAUUUUUAGGUCUCCAUCAUCAGAUGGUAGGCUAUUCAAAUCGCUCUGCGUCUGUGGUCUCUGCGUCUGUGGUCUCUGCAUCCAUCCUCUGUCGUUUGUCCGUCCCUUAACAAUUUUUGUUAGCGCUUUGGCUUGAGAAGUACUGGAUGGAUUUUUCUCAAAUUGGUCUCCCCUUGGUCUAUAGUUGUGUCUGUGUAAUUUUGGGACUGGUCAGAAAAACAAAAUGAAUGAAAGGUGGCCAUCUUGGAUUUUGACUUUGAAAGUUUAUUUUCACUAUUUCUUGAGAAAAAUUGAUAGGUAGAUUGCCCUGGGUCCUUCUGCCAGUUCGAUUUUGGAUGCGAGAAAAAAAAAAACCAAAAUGACUGACAGGCAGCCAUCUUGUAUCUUAUUUUUGAAAGUUUGUUAUUACUAUUUCUAGAGAAGUACUCGAUGGAUCUUUCUUAGAUUUUAUAUAUAGGUUGCCCUUAGUCCCUUCUGGUGACAGUGUGAUUUUGGGUCUGAUCAGAAAAACAGAAUGGCUAACAGACGACCAUCUUGGAUUUUGACUUUGAAAGUUUGUUAUCACUAUUUCUUGAGAACUACUCUAUAGAUCUUUCUCAAAUUUCAUGUAUAGGUUCCACUAGGUCCCUAGUUGUGCCUGUUUGAGUUUGGAACUGAUCAGAAAAACAAAAUGGCAGACAGGCAGCCAUCUUGGAUUUUGCCUAGUAAAAAUUGUUAUUGCUAUUUCUUAUGAAGUUCUGAAUGGAUGUCUCAAAUUUCAUACGUAUGUUCCAUUUGGUUUUUCCUUGUGAUCUUUUGAUUUUGGGGCGGAUCAAAAGAAACAAAAUGGCUUCCAGGCCACUAUUUUGGAUAGGCAGGUAAAGAUUAUCAUCGUUGUUUGUGCAAAGGAAUGUUCAAAUAUCUUAUCAUUAAGAGCAAAAGCAGAGAAGAGAAAAGAAGGGAAAAGAGCAAACUUUCAAAGAGCAUAUAAAGAUCAAACAAUGGUGGGCGCCAAGAUCCCUCUGGGAUCUCUUGUUAAUCAAGUGAUUGCUAGUUUUCAAUACAAGUACACAUAUAACAUUACAGAGGAUGGUGGGGUCUCUUUGGGACUUAAAUACAAUGCUCAGAUUGUCAAACAUGCUCUCUGUGGAUCAAAGUUACUAUGAUCCAUGUUACUUGUGGAUCACAGGAGCUGUGGGCCGUGUUACUUGUGGGUCACAGGGGUUGUGGUCUGUGGUACUUGUGGGUCACAGGAGCUGUGGUCUGUGUUACUUGUGGGUCUCACGGGCUGUGGUCCGUGUUACUUGUGGAUCACAGGGGUUGUGGUCUGUGUUACUUGUGGAUCACAGGAGCUGUGGGCCGUGUUAUUUGUGGAUCACAGGAGCUGUGGUCCGUGUUCUUUGUGGGUCACAGGAGCUGUGGGCCGUGUUACUUGUGGAUCACAGGAGCUGUGGUCCAUGUUACUUGUGGAUCACAGGAGCUGUGGGCCGUGUUACUUGUGGAUCACAGGAGCUGUGGGCCGUGUUACUUGUGGAUCACAGGAGCUGUGGUCCAUGUUAGUUGUGGGUCACAGGAGCUGUGGUCCGUGUUCUUUGUGGGUCACAGGAGCUGUGGUCCAUGUUACUUGUGGGUCACAGGAGCUGUUGUCCGUGUUAC